AUGAUACGACAAGUGCUUUUUGUGUUAACAAUCUGUAUAAUAUUUCUAGAAAUACAAAGAACAAACUCAUACAAAACUUUUAAGGAUUUGAAAAAGCGAUACAAGAAAAUUGAGAAUGACGAUUUCACUGCGUCCGACGUUCUGGUUGGGAAAGCAAUGGAUUUCAUUUACUCAAACAAAACUAUUAUGAGUCUAAUAGCCAGAGAAUUGUGGAAUGUUGGCUCAAAGGCUAUUGAUAGAAUUGUUGAAAUGAAAGGUCCUGACCGCAAGAGUUGAAAUAAGAAGAAAUAAUAUAGUAACUU